AAUGAGGCAGAUUCACAUACUUAGUUUUCUUCUUCUACUUUUAGCUUGUGGAAUUAAUUGUCAAAUAGCUCUGAAAGUUAUUGUGCAGGCUGUUGCUAUAGAAGGAAAAUCAAUGGUUAUUUUUCUAGAAAAGGUCACAGGAGCACCAACAUGCAGUAUAUCCACUGCAAAACCUGAUGGAACAGUAAUUCAUACUGGUACAGUAACUCUGACCUCAGAAAUGAUGCAAUAUGAAAUUCCAAGCACUGCAAUUGGGAGUAUAACCAACAGUUUCUUUGCUAAAAGUACCUUCACAUGUCAACUUAAUUCAGAAGAACUAGCUUUUUCACAUCAAACAUAUGUUUACUCUCAAGAAGACUUUGGUCAGAAUGAACUAUCUGAUAUAUUUUUUUUAUUCAUUGAAAUGUCCAGUCAGCAAUCAUCGCCAACUACUAUUGGUGUUAGUGUUGGUCGUGGUAGUACUGAUACUACUUGCAGAACUGAAUCUACAGAUACUUCUAAAGUUACAAUUGAUGUAUCUGGACCAUUUACUAUUGACUCGAGUCAAGAAAUUAUAGCAACAAAGACUGGAUCCAGUGACUUUGCAUUUGUAAAGGCAACAUGUGAGGUGGCUUCAAAAUCUUUUAUAACCUAUAUUCCAGUAUAUUUUGCCAGUGGUUCAACUGAUUUAUGGGUCUCUGCAACAGGAGAUCCACAUUUUGAACAAGUUAUUAAUGAUAUUUCUACAUUGGAAAAAAAACAUAUUUGUUAUGAUGUAACUGGUACAACUGGUGAUUAUAUAUAUAUAGCUGGAUUUUUUAUGAAAGGAAUUAAAAUUUUUGGACAGCUUAAAGAUGAUUAUUAUAUCCAUAAAAUUGUUGUUCAAACACCUUUUGGUAAUAUGAGCUUUUCAAUUGACAGCUUUACUCUUGAUAAUAAAAAAACUUUUGCAUGGAAUCAUAGUCUGCAAAAUUUACUUUUAGCCACUGACCAAUUCAAAUAUCAUAUAAAAAAUUGUAAAAUGAUUGUGAUAACUGAAAGAAGAUCUUCAUUCUCAAUUAAAAUUCAAAAAUCUACACAUGCUCUUGGAGAAUAUCAUCUAGAUGUUAGCUUUAAGACUGUGCCUGAAGAUUACCCACAAAUGACUGGGUUACUUGGUGAUGUUGGAAAAAAACACUUUACAUUCUACUCAGUGAUUCAAUCUAACAGAGAUGAAAGUGAAUUUAAGUCUGUUGCAGUUAAAGUUAAUAAUAAUUUAAUAAGAGGAAGACUUCAAAACAGAAAAGAUCAAAUUUCUUGUUGGCUGAUGGAUAUUAAUGAUAUCCUAAAGCCUUUCAAGAUAUCCAAUUAUUUGCUCCAGAAAAUUUAA